AUGGACGACGAGGAGGACGAGGAUGAGGAGACACUUCAGUUGAAGUUGCAAGAGAUUCAGGCCAGGUUAAAGUUGAAGAAAUUGCAGAGCGCGAGGGAGCGGACGGAAGGAGCCCCACCGACUCAAACGAGACCGACUUCAAGAGGUUUAGGACUCGGCGCAAGUCGGGCAAUAUCCCGACCCGAACCCCAAACUGCCAUCGAGGUGCCUGUGUCUCCAAUUCGGAAGAUGCAGCCCGCGCCAUCAAAAGCAUCACCGACCCGGGUUCCGCUUGGGACCGACAAAGGUAUCAAGAGGGCACCAAGUGUACUGCGGAGGAAUACAAAUUCCCAAGAUGGACAGCAACAAGUCGGCGGCUAUCUUCAAAGGUCACGAACUCCUGCUCAGCAAGAGACGCAACGGCCACUGAGCUUCAACGAGAGGUUAGCUGCGGCGAGAACACAAGAGAUUGACCGCCAGGGCUUGCGAGAAAGAGUCCAAAAGGUCAGAUCUGAAGCUUUUGAUAUUGGGCAAAAAGAGAUUGAGCAGUUCAAGGAAAAAGCGAUAGACAUUCCUGAGCAAGCGGACACUGCGCCACAAUUUACCAGGGAGGAAAUCCUUGGUAGACUGAGCAAGGCAGAACCCAGCCAGCGCAAGCUCGACACAAUACCUGCGCUUCUAGCACCAUCCCCUAAAGAUGACGAUGAUCCCGAAGGCCUCUACGAAGCUCCACCUGACUGGAUGAUGGCCGGACAAAACUCUAAGAAGGUCGCGCCAGCAGACGUGCCAGAAGCUGAAGCGUCGGCAUUUGAGCCGUACUCCAGCUUUCAUCUCUCGCAACGCAUUCUUCCUCAUCAAGUCUUGACAAGGACUCUGUCUGGGAAGAAGAUAUUCAAGUUGCCAGACUUGCUGCGGAAGGUCAAGGCUCCUGAAUUUCAACUUCCAGACAUAGAGCAGGAUAUUGUCGUCUUCGCCGUUAUCGCAAAGAAGUCAGAACCUCGCUCUCACAAGCCCCGGGCUGAUCAAAACGGCAAGCAGUCAGACAGAGGGAAGUACAUGGUCGUCACUUUGUGUGACCUGAAGUGGGAGCUAGAGUUGUUUCUGUUCAAUUCGGGCUUUACCCGAUUCUGGAAACUCACAGAAGGCACAGUGCUGGCCAUUCUGAAUCCGACCAUCAUGCCUCCUCCAGCUGGCCGAGAAGCUACCGGCAAGUUCAGUCUAGUGAUAAACUCUGAUGCCGACACAAUCAUGGAGAUUGGAAAGGCCCGAGACUUGGGCUUUUGCAAAUCCAUCAAGAGAGAUGGUGAAUACUGCAACUCCUGGGUCAACAAGAAACGGACCGAGUUCUGUGAGUUUCACACCAACGAAGCGGUCUCCAAGCAGCGAGCAAACCGCAUGGAGGUCAACACGAUGGACUUUGGCGGUGUUGGAGAGAGGUAUCAAAGGAAAUCGCGACAGCCUCUUAAACCAGAGCCUGACAAGAAAUUGGGGAAGUACGACCGAGAAACACAUAGCCAUUGGUUCGCUACAAAAUCAUUGAGCUCUGCGCAACUUAUCGAUGGAGGCCAGGCACUUAUGGAUAGGAGAGAGAAGGAGGAAAACCUGAAAAGAAGAAUGAUUGCCCAAGAACGCGAAAGGGGUAUCAUGUCGCGUCUGAGUAAAAUCGGCGCCGGUGCCGGGAAGGAGUACAUGCAGCAAACGGACCGCAGCCGUAAUACCCCAUCCACAUCGGCCUCGUCGUCGUCCGCGCCAUCUUCCAACGCACUUGGGGGGCGGCAGAAGCUCGAUACGAAGAGUUUAGGCAUCAUUGCGCCCAGGAAUAGGGAACUAGCUAUCCACCUCAGCCCUAUCAAGCGCAAGAGACCACAGAGUGCACAGUCCAGCUCCUCGGUCGGCGCGCCCUCGUCGGCGACGGCCGCGACAGGGCUCAAGACCGGUUUUGGAUGGGGCAGUAAUCUCAAGGACAAGCUCGCCAAGAUGAAGGAAGGCGAGAAGCUGAACAGCGAUAAGCCGCCAGUGAGAAAGAAAACAAGGUUUGUGACGGAGAAGGGGAUCCGCGAGGCUGGAAGGGAGAGUCUGGGUAUGGACCUGCCGCAGUCAGUUUCUUUUGAAGAUGACGAUGACGACGAUUUGAUUAUUGUGUAA